UGGCGUCACCACGCACGGGCGUGACGUCACCGCGUAUUGUGUGACGCCACGGCGCACGCCCAGGCCUGGCCGCUCCCAUCCGUGCGAGCGUGAGAGGACCCUGGCUGUGGGAGUGGUCCCCGCUCGCCCCUCAGAGCGUACGGCGCGGGUGCAGCAGCGACUAACGGCUUGCCUCUGUAGCGGCCUCGUCACAGCGGGGUGGCGGGGGAGAUUCGGGGCGACGUCCGGCCAAGUUUAGUCUCUCGGGAAGCUGAAGGUUUCGCUGUGAUCGCGGUGUCCCGAGCUGCGUGUGUUCUCGGCAGGCGCGGCCGCCUCCAUUAAGGCUGCCUUCACCCGAGCCGCUCACGGCGCCCCGAUUGAGCUUUCGUUUUUAAUUUCCCCUUAAAGCUAAAAUAAAAGGUUUCCCGCGAGGUGUUUGUCGCGCAGGGAUGAGCAGUGGGGUCUGGAGGCGGUAGAGGGAGCGAGGAAGGCGCUUGAGAAUGGCUUCCGACGAAUCGUCCUUACGGGCUCUGGAAAACAUCAUGACUGAAUUUUUUCACAAUUCUACCACGAAUGAAAGGAAAAGAGAGAUAGAGGAGCUGCUCAAUAACUUUGCACAACAGACCGGAGCAUGGCGGCACUGCUUCUACUUCCUGUCCAACACUCGGAACGAGUACGUCAUGAUGUACAGUCUCACCGUGUUUGAGAAUCUCAUCAACAAGCUCUGGUUGGGCAUCCCGUCGCAAGAAAAGAUAGAAAUACGCAGCUCCCUACCAAAGUUGCUGCUUGCGCAGCACAAAGGCAUGCCCACCUUCAUCCGCAACAAGCUGGCCAAGGUGAUCGUGGAUAUCGGGCGGCAGGACUGGCCAAUGUUCUACCACGACUUCUUUUCCAACAUCUUGCAGUUGAUCCAGCAGCCAGAAAUGGUGUCGCUCGGCCUCAUGAUGCUGAAAACCACGUCAGAGGAGCUGGCAUGUCCGCGGGAAGACCUCAGCGUGGCGCGGAAGGAAGAGCUGAGGAGGAUGUUGCUUGACCAAGUUCCCACCGUGCUUAAUCUGCUGUCUGGUAUUCUGGAGAUCAUCUGGGAUAAGAACACAGCAGAUGAUGCUGCCCCUCCCCCAUCACCAUUCACUGUGAGCAUGGGCGAGCUGCUGGGCAGCCUGUUCAGCAUGGCGGACGGCGCGCGCUUCUUCAGCCAGCCCAUUCCGCGGCUCGACCGCGAGAGCGAGCACGUGUGCUCGCUGGCGCUCGAGUGCCUGGCGCACCUCUUCAGCUGGAUCCCGCUGUCGGCGAGCAUCACGCCGCACCUCCUCGCCACCAUCUUCCACUUUGCCCGCUUCGGCUGCGACGCCAUCGUGCCCACGGUGACGGGCGGAGACGCCCCCAACGGCGGCUCGCACCGGCAGGGCAACCGAGAUCAGCCCGAGCCAAAAGCCUCGCUGUCCCUGGGUGUCCUGGCCAUGUCCUGCAUCAACGAGCUUAUGUCCAAAAACUGCGUGCCGGCUGAGUUCGAGGAGUACCUUUUCCGCAUGUUCCAGCACACCUUCUACCUGCUGCAGAAGAUCACCAAGGACAAUAAGGCGUGCGGCGUCCGUGCUCGGCUCGACGCCUUGGACGAGAGCUACCUGGAGAAGUUUACAGAUUUUUUGAGGCUCUUUGUGAGCGUGCACCUCCGGAGAAUCGAGUCCAAUUACCGCUUCCCAGUCGUAGAGUUCCUGUCUCUCCUUUUCAGAUAUACAUUCAACCAGCCCACGCAUGAAGGUUAUUUUGCUUGCUUGGACAUUUGGUCAGUCUUCCUGGACUACCUUAGUGGAAAGAUCCGGAGUAGAAUGGCCGAUAAAAAAGGUGUUCUUGAAAGGUACAAGGAUGCGUUGGUUGCGCUGAACGCCGAAGUCUUGCGUCGAAUGCAGUUCCGUUACAACCAGGCACAGCUGGAGGAACUCGAUGACGAAACGUUGGAUGACGACAAUAAGACUGAAUGGCAGCACUUCUUACACCAGAGUCUGGAAGUGGUCGCCAAAGUGGCAGAACUCUUACCAGCUCACGCCUUCAGUACCUUGUCACCUAUACUUCAAGAGGAUCUUGAGAUAUAUCUGGGACUGCAGCAGUUCAUCGUGCAUUCCGGAGCAGGCGGCAGGCUAAACAUCACGGCGGAGAACGACUGCCGGCGGCUGCACUGCUCACUGCGCGACCUCAGCUCACUGCUGCAGGCCGUGGGCCGCCUGGCGGAGCAUUUCAUCGGGGACGUGUUUAACGAGAGGGUCAGCGACGCGCUCUCUAUCGUGGAAAGGCUGGUGGAAAUGACUUUGUACGGAACACAGACCAAGUUGUUUGCCAUAGAGACUGCGGCACCAUCUGUCCUUAAACCAGACCUCAUUGACGUGCAUGCUCAGUCGCUCGCUGCACUGCAGGCUUACAGCCACUGGCUGGCCCAGUUUGGCACGGAGCUCCGGCGGCAAGGGCAGGACCAGAAGCAGUUUGUGUCUCUCGUCUCCACCGCCAUGCUGGCCGUCGCUCCUCUGCUGGAAAACAAGGUUCCUGAGAAAAUCCUCCUGUCGUCUGCGCAUCUGCUGGUGUCCAUCGCGUCGACCGUGCGACCCCCGUUCCUCGCCACUUUGCCCACCGUUCAGAAAAUGUUUGCCAAAGUGUCGGAUGGCUCGGUGUACCAUCUGAACGCUGAGGCGCAAGUGCUGGUGUGCCGAGCGCUGGUGAGUGCACUGCUGCUGCCUUGGCCCAGCCUCGGCGAUGGGGAGCAGCAGUGGGUUGUGCGCUCUUCCAACUUCUGCGGUCUGAUUCAGACGCUCACGCAGCAGUACCGCGCACUCAAGAACAGCCUGCAACAGGACAAACUUUUGCUGGAGCCAGCCAAGCCGGUUGUGCGGCGGACACUAGCGAUUCUGCGGGACGUGGUGGAGAGCAUAUCGGAGGAGGUGACCAAAUCUCGGCAGAUUUGUCACCAAGCCAUUCAGGAGUCGGUGCAGGUCACCCUUGUGCUCUUCCCGCUCUUCAUCAGCCAGCCAGAUGUGACGGAUGAUAUAUUGACAUUUUUCCUGAGCCUCUUCCAAGGGCUCAAGGUGCAAAUUGGAGUGCCCUUCACAGAACAAACCAUCCAGACCUUUCUCAACAUGUUUACACGGGAUCAGCUGGCCGACAGCAUCCUGCACGACGGGAGCGCAGGCUGCUGUGUGGUGGAGAAGUUCCUCAAGAUCCUACAGCUGGUGGCCCAGGAGCCUGGCGCUGCCUUCAAGGCCUUCCUGCCCAGCAUUAUCUCACUCUGCAUGGAUCAGCUGUACCCUAUUGUGGCUGCGCGCUCGUCGCCGGACAUCAAGGCCGAGCUGUUUGAGCUGCUGUUCGAGCUGCUGCACCACAACUGGCGCCACUUCUUCAAGACGGCCGUGCUCGCCACCAUUCAGAGGGGCGGCCACGAGGAAUCCAUGGAAAACCAGGGACAAUUUGUGGCCAUCAUGCAGGCGUUUGGGCAAUCCUUCUUACAGCCUGACAUCCACAUCUUUAAGCAGAACCUGGCCGCCCUGGAAAGCCUCAACGCCAAACAUAAACUAUACCAUAAGACGAUAUUCCGCACGUCGAUGCUCUUCCAGUUCCUGCACGUGCUGCUGCAGGUGCUCCUGCACCGCUCGCACGACCUGCUGCAGGAUGAGAUCGCCGUGGCGCUCUACAACAUGGCCUCGGUCGACUUUGACGGCUUCUACGCCUCUUUCUUGCCACACUUUCUGGAGACGUGCGACGGCGUGGACAUGGCACAGAAGGGCACGCUCGCUGGGAACUUCAAGAUGGACAGGGAUUUGCCAUCAUUCACGCAAUGCGUACACAGGUUUGUCAACGACCUUCGCUACUACAGGCUGUGCAAUAGUAGCUUGCCUGCUGGAACCGUCAAGUUUUAAUGCCGAGGGGGGAGGAUGAAAACUUAGAAGUAUCGUCCAAACAAUGUGUUUGAAUUGAAGCGCAGAAUAAGCCACAAGCAGCAGUCCUGCUAUUAACUGAACGUCAUCCAGCAACACCCACGAGGGUGCAGCUCUUAAAUGCCCCUCCUCCCCUGCAUGUGACUGCAGGUGAGACACUCGUCAAUGUAUUUUGAAAUUUAAUUAAAAAAAACAUGGUAAGAACAAUGAAAACGGAAAGCGGCAGAGAAAUAUUUGGGGCGACAGAUUUUUUUUUCGUGAUGGGAAACGUGCCGUUUUGUGAUGGACAGUGGCCCGUCUUUGAUCAUCGGUAGCAGAAAAGUUGCCAAGUCUGAACUGCCAAGCGUGGAGGAAGAAACUGGCAGUGUUAGAGGAAGAGGCAAGGGCUGCUCAUGGCCGGUUUUCUUCGGCUGUCGUUUUCCUCGUGUUGCCGCUGCGCAAGUGAAGAGGGGAGGAGGUUGCACGCGAAACCGCUGAGAACGUGUCGCUUUCUCAUGGUGUGCUGCGGGCCGUACCAAGCUGUAGACACCGUGUAUGCCAACUGAGCCGCCACCGUUGGAAUUCAGCCUUCUAAUGUUCACGAUGGUCGACGUUAUAAAAAGAAGUUCUACAGAAAAAUACGGCAGUGAAUUGCUAUCAUUCCUUAUUUUCUGCGUUUAUAAACGGUUUGCUGAAUCAAGAACUUGUGAUCGCUUACGUUCAUGGUGGGAGACCAGUGUUAUGAAGACCUGUAUCAAAACUUGAUUAAUUCUCGCUUUGUUUUGUAAAACUAAAACCCCAUUCCAGGUCGUGUGUGCCUAUCACGCAUUAGCAUAUGUAAAUGAGUUUGACAGUGUUGGGUUGCUGGAGAUAUGAAAAAAAUAAAAUCCCUUUUAAUAACUUGAGGAAAAAUUAUUAAAAAAAGUAAAAAAAAAAUUUGGAGGGAAAUCUUCACAAUGUGAAAACAAAAUGUGAGUGAGCAGUGUGACAUGAAAAUGGCCUCAUUUUUCGAUAAUUCAGUUUAGCAAAUAAUUGUAUGGACUUGCUACUGCGAUGAGUGGAAAAUUUUACAAAAGCAGUUCACCUGACAAUUUGAAGUUGCAAACUGGGGCCAUUGUUUAUUUUUUUGUAAAAUUAGCGCCGUUUGCUUAUUUCUUUUUUAUUACGUCUACUGGGUCCAACAAACAUUAUCUUGAUUGUGAUGCAAUUUGUGUUUGAGAGGAAUUGUAUACGUGUUCACUUUUGUUCAGCACUUGUACACAAGGCACCAAACAGCACUGAAAUGAUGCACGAGGAUAUGCAGCUGUUGGCGGAAACGAUGUUGGUGUUGUGCAAACACGCUUUGCUUUGAGCUCAGAUUCCCAACUGUUCCCCCCCAGUGUGCCAUGCCAGGGGCCAUCGGUUAUUUUGCGCGCACACGUCCAAGUAAGAAGCGACCGUAUUGUGCGCAGGUAUUUAUAAAGCCGGGAGGAGCCAUAAGAACUUUGUGCCGAUUUCUGUUGGGAAGUACUGUACGGCCACUGCACUUCCUUGCAGAAAUCCAGGAGAGUUGGUGCAGAGAGGGGGGGGCGGUGCGUGCUUCACGAGGCUCAGGCUUGUUCUCUCAUUUUAGCUUUAACGUCGUCAUUUGUGUCUGUGCGCAGAGGGCCAAAAUGAGAACGUGAAUUAAAACGCGAGGUCCCUUUUUCAGUUGAGCUUUUGUUUCUCUCCCAUUAAUCAAUUCUUAAAGAUAAUGCAACUUUCCUUGGAUUUGACAGCAAGAGGCAGCCAGUCUAAAGCAUCUUGGUGUAUCCGUUUAAUACCAGACCACCUAUACGAUGAUCACUUGUGUUUUUUACUUAAGCCAAGAGAAGCCGUUUGAAUGUGUUUUUGGAUUCUAUUUUGAUUUCUUUAAAAAAAAGAGCACGGUCUCCAUGGUAAACCAUAUAUUUAGAGUAGUGUCUUACGCUUGCUAUGUCACUUAACGUAUAAUACGUGUACAUUCUGCAUAUUUUAUUGUGACUCGAUCGCAACAUUUUGCAGCGUAAUACGUAGCUGGGCAAUAAUUUAAAUUAUUAAGUUCUGUAAUAAAAUUGUUGUUAUUGUGAGGCCAAAAUGCCACGAGAAAUAUAAGACUGGUGCAAAAAACACGGGAGUACGGAGCAGUGAACGGAAAGGGCGCAUCGUCAACGCUCAAUGUCUUGGUCAAUCAAGCCGCCCCCUACCCUCCCCCCCCCCGGCGUAUUAUCAGGUAAUGAGUUGCUGUGGGGAAAUUCUUGUAAUACAAGGUGAUCCAUUUAUAGAUUCGAUUAUAAUAAAACAUGGUAUAAAUAAAAAAUUGAGAUGGUAGGGGCGUGCAAAGGAUGAGGAAUGGCUGACCACAAUCGGGGGUGGAGUAGUGGGGGUUGGGAAAGGGGAGGGAAGAGAAUGGAGAACAGGUUAAGUUUUGAGAGAGGAAUGGAUGAGGGAGGUUAAGGACUGCUUAUGUGUAGACUGUGAAAUCAAUGUUCUAUAUAUCUCACUAUUUUAGUGGGAUAGCUGUAAAUGGAUCCCCCCUGUGUUAGGGGGCUGUGGAAUGGCUUGCCGGCUAUGCUUGGAAGACGCCUCCCGGUUUGUUCCACUUGAAUCUCGAUUGCGUUGUAUCUAAGUGACAAGAGGCCAAUCAGGUGCGGGAAAUAUGAGUGUUCAAUCGGAUGAAAAUUGUACAUGAAACAAGUGCUCGUGUUUAAUAAAACUCACCACUUUCGGAUAUUUAGUUUUUUUUUCACGAGUGCUAGACUCACAAUCAGAAGGUUAUUAGUUCACAUCCCAAUCGGAAGUCAACCACCUUAUUCAUCCUGGGGUCAAGGAAAUGUGUGUACCAUUGUGGCAGGUCAGCUGUGGUCAUUAUAUGGAUGUACUGGCUACGUUAAUGUGGACUUUCCACCUGUGAUGCAGAAUGCCAAUGGAAAUGGCAGGGAGGAUCUGACUUUCACUUGGUAUUUAAAAGGCGUAUGAAUGGGGAAAAAAAUAUCCCCAUUCAAACCAUAAAAUGUUUUACGAUGUCAGGAUUAAAAUACUAAAUUAUAUUUGGUCUGUUCACUUAGUUGGUUGAGCAGAUUCCAUUUCCUUAGAUGCAAUUGGCCAAAUGCAAGUCAGCAUUUUUAAUCUGCUCAUUUUAAUCCCCAGUAUUCCCCGAGACAAUUGUCGCAUUAAUUGGCUUGGGCACUUCGCACAGUGUUGUGCACGUGCAGCAAUAACAGUGGUUGAUGUCACUUCGGAGCAAAUCACGGGGCUGUACGGAAGACUCUUGCAGUUGUGCGUGAGGAUGUCUGUUGAUGUGGCUUUUCGAAACCGAUUGAAUGUGCCAACAUGACUAAACAUAUCCUAAAUUCUACUGCAGAUCGUUUGACAAACAUGCAUUUGGCUGAAUGGGUCAUCACAAAGUGCUCCAUGGUUUCGGGUGAAGUAAAACGAGAAAUAUAAUUCGAGUUAUGCCAGCUGUUGAGCUCGCAUGUCAGGAAAUACAUGACAGCGUCCCCGAGGUUGGUGGAAAAUGCCCGCAGUGCCCUACCAGAUGUGUCCCAUGAAUCUACGAGGCUGUGUAGCCAGUUCACUGUUUGUUGAGACGACGAACAAUGUGGAACACGAGUCAAGGUUGCUGACAUGUUGCAGGAUACACCAUUGCAAAUCACAACGCGUGAAGAAACGCGUGCAUUCGCGCGGCAAACAGUUCUGAGAACAAGCUCGCAAAAUAAGUUAUCCUGAUAUUAAAGUGCCGUCUUCAUAUGCCAUGGUAAUUACAGUGCUUUUGUUCAAAGAGCUUACGAUGUAAGGUAGAAAAAAAAUGAGUUAUCGGAAUGUACAGCUCUGUAAUCGCGUGCGUAAGUUUCACGGCAUAACGGGGCAAACAAUCUGGCCCUGACAAUGGUAACGCAGCCUGCAUUCACAUUCAUGUUUUGACUCUUGGUUUUUUAUGUUGGGUUUGUGAUUGGUGUUGGGAAUAAUUCCCCUGGCCUCAAGGCUGCACAGCAGCGUCUAUUUCUCUUGCUCGGAUAUCCACUGCUCCAUCGCAUUGACCGCAAUCGCUCGUUGCUGCAAAUGCUCGGCUGUGUCUGAAAAUCAGAAGACAUGUCCCUCGAGUGCUGGACAUUUGCAUCUCACGUCUUAAUGUUGUGAAAUACCUAAGGUACUAACACAAUAGUUCUGUGAAUAUUUUGUAAUAUGAGGUUAAGUUUGAGUUUUCCAAAUGUCUGUGUGCCAUUUAAGCAAGUUCUUUUUUUAAGCAUGCUCCUCGCAAUUAAAAUAAAAGUACAGAUAAAAAAA